AUGCCUUCUUGCUUUAGAGAAGUCUUUCAUGAUAAGACCACAAUUAUCAUUGAUUGCUUUGAGGUGUUUAUCCAAAAACCAGCUAGUUAUUUAACCCAGCAGCAAACAUGGUCAAACUAUAAACAUCAUAACACAGUUAAAUUCCUUAUUGGAAUUACUCCCCAAGGCUGUAUUUCAUAUAUCAGUAAAGCAUGGGGAGGAAGAACAUCAGAUAAACAAAUAGUAGAGCUCUCUGGUUUUUUGGAUAAAAUAGAACCCCAAGAUAUUGUGAUAGCAGAUCGAGGUUUUUUAAUAAAAGAAUUUUUAGAUGUGUUACAAGCAAAGCUAGUAAUUCCAGCUUUUACCAAGGGGAAAAAACAAUUGCUUCCACUAGAGCUGGAAGAAACUAGAAACAUUGCACAGGUUAGAAUCCACGUAGAAAGAGUUAUUGGCUCCAUUAAAAAUAAAUUUAAUAUUUUUUCAGAGCCACUUCCGAUUUCUAUGUUAACCCAUGUUACUGAUGGUAUAAAUAUAGUUGAUAAGAUAAUUUUUAUAGCAUGUGUUUUGAUUAAUUUAUGCCCUCCUAUUGUUCCAAUUUAA